AGUCCUGAGAGUUCAGGGUCUGCGCCAUGUGACCCUGAGCUGGUCUCUCUGGUCAGACACCUCCGGUCUGAAGUCUUGGGCCAGACGCCAGGUUGGGGAGGAGGCAGGCGGGGACUGGCUGUGAGCCUAGCCCAGCCUCCCUGCGGCCAUUCAAAGGUUGGGCCAGAGGGAGAGAGACCUCCCAGAAGGAGGACAGAGGAAGUUGUGUGGGACAAGCCGCUCCUGACCGAAGGUUUCACCCUCCAACCCAUCUGACCACAGGAUGCUGGAGCUGACCCUGUCCUGGCUGGGACUCGGGCCGGUGGCAGCCUCCCCAUGGCUGCUGCUGCUGCUGGUCGGGGCCUCCUGGCUCCUGGCCCGCAUCCUGGCCUGGACCUACACCUUCUAUGACAAUUGCUGUCGCCUCCGAUGUUUCCCGCAGCCCCCCAAGCGGAGCUGGUUUUGGGGUCACCUGGGCCAGGCACAGAGCAAUGAGGAGGGCAUGCGGCUGGUGGAGGAGCUGGGCCACUCCUUCCGCGACGUCCACCUCUGGUGGAUGGGGCCCCUUUUCCCCAUCCUGCGGCUUGUCCACCCUAACUUCGUUGCCCCUCUGCUCCAGGCCUCAGCCACCAUCAUACCCAAGGAUACGUUUUUCUACAACUUCCUGAAGCCCUGGUUGGGGGAUGGGCUCCUGCUGAGUGCUGGUGACAAGUGGAGCAGCCACCGUCGCCUGCUGACACCCGCCUUCCACUUCAAGAUUUUGAAGCCAUAUAUGAAGAUUUUCAACAAGAGCACAGACGUCAUGCAUGGUAAGUGGCAACGCCUGGCCUUGGAGGGCAACACUCGUCUGGACAUGUUUGAACACAUCAGCCUCAUGACCCUGGACAGUCUGCAGAAAUGCGUCUUCAGUUACGACAGCAAUUGCCAAGAGAAACCCAGCGAAUAUAUUGCUGCCAUCUUGGAGCUCAGUGCCCUGGUGAUGAAACGAAUUGAGCAGAUCUUCCUGCACGUGGACUUCUUGUACUACCUUACCCCUGAAGGGAAGCGCUUCUACAGGGCCUGCCGCCUGGUGCAUGACUUCACAGAUGCCGUCAUCCAGAAGAGGCGUCAUACUCUAACCAGUCAGGGUUCCCAAGAAUUCCUCAAAACCAAGACUAAGACCAAGACUUUGGACUUCAUUGAUGUGCUCCUGCUGGCCAAGGAUGAAGAUGGGAAGGGAUUGUCAGAUGAAGAUAUCCGAGCUGAAGCUGACACCUUCAUGUUUGAGGGCCAUGACACCACAGCCAGUGGCCUCUCCUGGAUCCUGUACAACCUGGCAAAGCACCCAGAAUACCAGGAGCACUGCCGGCAGGAGGUGCAAGAGCUCCUGAGGGACCGCGAGCCUAAAGAGAUUGAAUGGGACGACCUGGCCCAGUUGCCCUUCCUGACCAUGUGCAUCAAGGAGAGUCUGCGUUUGCAUCCCCCUGUUGCUGUCAUCUCCCGCCGCUGUACCCAAAAUGUUGUGCUCCCAGAUGGCCGAGUCAUCCCCAAAGGGAACAUCUGUGUCAUCAGCAUCUUCGGGAUUCAUCACAACCCAUCGGUCUGGCCAGACCCUGAGGUAUUCAAUCCCUUCCGCUUUGAUCCAGAAGCUCCCCAGAAGAGAUCACCUCUGGCUUUCAUUCCCUUUUCGGCAGGGCCCAGGAACUGCAUCGGGCAGACGUUUGCCAUGAACGAGAUGAAGGUGGCGCUGGCGCUCACGCUACUGCGCUUCCGCGUCCUGCCGGAUGAGGAGGAGCCACGCCGGAAGCCAGAGCUGAUCCUGCGCGCGGAGGGCGGACUUUGGCUGCGGGUGGAGCCACUGAACACCGGCCAGUAAUGACCCGCUACCUUCUGUCCUGGGGUUCACCCUGACCACAGACACCUCACUGCAGAUUCCCAGGAAUAAAACUGUGCUGUUAUGUCUGUCCCAGUCUCAUCAAGAGCCAGCAGGGAGAACCCAGGCGG